AUGCGAUCUGGCGGUUGUCGCGGUGUUGCAGUUGGGGUUGUUGAUGAUGGUAUGGGGCAACCGACGAUGGAGACAGAGGGAGUUGGUGGCCGUUCUUUUGAUGCAGUCGAUAAGUUUGGCGGUGUCGGUUUCACACGGAAAGAAGCGGAAGUGUUUGUGUCGCUGUGGGAAGAGGCUUGGUGGCUGCGAACGACGGAGAAACUUGUAGAUCCGUCAGAGGAAGACGAUUGGUUAUGUCGUGUCGAGACUGUUGAUGUCUCACGUUGGCUUUAG